AUGAAAUGUUUUCUUGUUUUGUCAUUCCUGAUUGUCAACACCACCUCAGAAUGCGUCCCAGAAUGCAAGUCUCCGGGAAUAUUAGCGGCUAUCGAAAAAAAUCCGGCAAUCAAGAACCAUAUAAAAGAACGACACCAGGGCUUUUUACACGCUAAACAAAUAGACUUUGCAAAAUAUAAUAAAUACGCAGUAAUAGAAAAAUUUCUGACAUCACUAAGUAAUCAACCAUCCGUCGGACCAUCAGGUAAGGGGAAGAUAUUUGCUUACAGAGAAGUAAUAGGCAAAACCGCAGAAAAUCGUAAAAUACAUUUAAUCAAGAUAUUCAAAAAGAAAAAUGGGGGAUGUGGAAAAAGAAGACGGAAAAUGAAACCUUCGAUUUUGAUAGAUGGUGGUAUACAUGCACGUGAAUGGAUCUCACCAGCGGUGGUGCUGAAUAUUAUUAACCAACUUAAGAAUAACCCAACAAAGGAUCCUGCCAUAGAAAAGUUGGUCGACAUGUAUGACUGGUAUAUCAUCCCUGUUCUCAACCCCGAUGGUUAUGUUUAUAGCUACACAACAGACCCUUGCUGGAGGAAAAAUCGAAGACAGACUUCCUAUGAUCCUAAAUGUUUUGGGGUUGAUUUGAAUAGAAAUUUUGGUUUUGACGACGAAUCAUGGAAUCCUGCAGUUGGUGGCUCAACAGACCCUUGUGACUAUGAGAGAUUUGCUGGUACAGGUCCUUUCACAGAGAAGGAAAGUAAAGCCCUCAGGCGAGUGAUGGGUAGAAAUAAAAAGAACAUUAACUUCCUUGCUUACUUGACUUUCCAUAAUUAUGGAAAUAUAAUGUCAUAUCCUAUAGGUUACUCCUUAGAAGAACUAGCAGAUAAACAAGAUCUACAGGACGCUGGUAAAGUUGCAGCAGCUGCGAUAUUUACUAAGCAUCAAACGAAAUACAUAGUGGACCAAAAUUCCUUUAUACCAGAAUUUGGUUCAAUUGCUGGAGCUUCAGAUGAUUAUAUGCAAGAGGUGGAGCAAACAUUAAGUACUCGUAUACAAUUGAACUUAGGGAUGAAGGAGAUAAAGCAUUCUUUCUACCUGCAUCAGAAAUCACUCCUACAAGCGAAGAAAUAA